AGAAAAAAUGUGCAUUUGCAUAAUGAUUUUCUUUUCGACCAUGCACACACUUCUUAUGUUAGAAACAACAUGCGUGACAUGUAAAUACGAAUUCAUAAAUAUUAGGAUGUAUUAUUUAGUUGGACUAAUGUAUUAUUGUGACAUAUUACAACCUCGUCCGCAUGUAUACGGGUGUUAGGAACGUACCAACUCUCUGAAUAAAUUGACGAAAAUGUAAACAUGUCACUUAUAACACACGAAUCUAUAACUGUGGAAGAGCCAGUGGCUACAGAUGACGAAGAUAAGGUGCAGGUGUAUGGAUCCACAUUGUCAACUACACCGUCACCUGCGAAACUGAGGCAAAGUAGUAAUUUUCAGGAAUGGGAAGAAGGAGAAGACAGAAAAGAACACAGGCCAACAAGCCUGUUGUUGCCCUCCCCGUCCUCCGGUCAGAAGGCCAGCACUCAAUCUGACGAGACCCGAGUCACAACACGCUCCUUCUCAGACUCAAACAGCUGGAUGCAGCAUCCAAAGAUCCAGGAGAAUUGGAAGGUUGUCCUGGGCGCAGUCAUGUUGACCCUGAUAGGGUCCGUGCUGUUCUUUGUGGGGGUCGGAAUAGUGGCCUCCCCUGGCAGAGGAAUGCACUGUCUGGUGUUCUUCAUUGGCGGCCUGCUGUGUCUGAUUCCUGGAGCCUAUCACCUCAUCUAUAUCUGCCUGGCAUUGCGGGGUUGUGAAGGGUACAGUCUCUAUGAUCUGCCAGUUUUCAACUAGGACAAUGACAUUCAAAUCUGCAGGAUUUCUACACUUAAAACAAGCAUUUGUAAUUUGCACAUGACGGCUGGACUCCAAAGGCUGAACACAAGCAUUUGUUAUUUGCACAUGACGGCUGGACUCCAAAGGCUGAACACAAGCAUUUGUUAAUUGCACAUGACGGCUGGACUCCAAAGGCUGAACACAAGCAUUUGUUAUUUGCACAUGACGGCUGGACUCCAAACGCUGAACACAAGCAUUUGUUAUUUGCACAUGACGGCUGGACUCCAAAGGCUGAACACAAGCAUUUGUUAUUUGCACAUGACGGCUGGACUCCAAAGGCUGAACACAAGCAUUUGUUAUUUGCACAUGACGGCUGGACUCCAAAGGCUGAACACAAGCAUUUGUUAUUUGCACAUGACGGCUGGACUUCGAAGGCUGCUGCUGUAUCUACUACCAGACAGGCUGUGCUGUGCCAUUCCAAACCUGUGUAAUAUGCAACACAUAACACAAGCAUUUUAUAUUUGCACGUGAUAUUUCUCUGUCUGUAGCUUUAUUCUUAAUGCUCUUAUUGAGCAUAUAGUUGUUAAAGCAACUGAGGCAAGUGCAUGUCACAUAAUGGAUAUUGUUAAGAAUCACAUACACCUGAUUAUGCUUCUCUUUUCACCAAUUUUUAGCUCAUCUAUUUUUUGAAAAAAAAUUAUGAGCUAUUGUCAUCACCUUGGUGUCGGCUUCGGCGUCCGGUUAAGUUUUGCAUUUAGGUCCACUUUUCUCAGAAAGUAUCAAUGCUAUUGCAUUCAAACUUGGUACACUUACUUACUAUCAUGAGGGGACUGGGCAGGCAAAGUUAGAUAACUCAGUCGUGCAUUUUGACAGAAUUAUGUGCCCUUUUUAUACUUAGAAAAUUGAAAAUUUUGGUUAAGUUUUGUGUUUAGGUCCAUUUUAUUCCUUAGGUAUCAAAGCUAUUGCUUUCAUACUUGCAACACUUACUAAGUAUCAUAAGUGGACUGUGCAGGCAAAGUUAUGUAACUCUGACUGGCAUUUUGACAGAACAGAAUUAUGUGCCCUUUUUAUACUUAGAAAAUUGAAAAUUUGGUUAAGUUUUGUGUUAAGGUCCACUUUAUUCCUACAGUAUCAAAGCUAUUGCUUUCAUACUUGCAACACUUAUUAACUAUCAUAAGGGGACUGUGCAGGCAAAGUUAUGUAACUCUGACUGACAUUUGGACAGAAUUAUGGGCCCUUUAUACUUAGAAAAAUGAAAAUUUGGUUAAGUUUUGUGUUUUGGUCAACUUUACCCCUAAAGUAUCAUAGAUAUUGCUUUCAUACUUGGAACACUCGCAAACUAUCAUAAGGGUACAGUAAAAGGACAAGUUGCAUAACUCUGGUUGUCAUUUUUACGGAAUAAUGGCCCUUUUUUGACUUAGUAACUUUGAAUAUAUGGUUAAAUUUUGUGUUUAGAUCCGCUUUACUUCUAAAGUAUCAAGGCUAUUGCUUUCAAACUUCAAAAACUUUCAUGCUAUCAUGAGGUUACUGUACCUGGCAAGUUGAAUUUUACCUUUACCUUUGAAUGACCUUGACUCUCAAGGUCAAAUUAUUAAAUUUUGCUAAAAUUGCCAUAACUUCUUUAUUUAUGAUUAUAUUUGAUUGAUACUUUGACAAAACUACUCUUACCUGACAUACCACAAUAGACCCAAACCAU